CAGCAAGAAGCUUUGGUCACAUUUUUUCAUGCAGAAACACGGAAACAGAAACGUGACAUGUGAAUAAACGGCGAUUAUUUUUAAGUCUAGAAGCUCAUAGACGGUGCAGAAUCUGAGAUGGCAACCAGCGAGCUGUCAGCAUUGGAUGGCUGGUGUACGUCACAGUUACAGAUUGUACUUCUUGGAGGCAGAAACUCAGGGAAGAACUCUGUGGGGAACCUUAUCCUGGGUAAAGAGGAGUUUGUCACCAGAGAGAGGACUUCCUGCUCACGGCGGCUGGGUGUGGUGGCCGGACGGUGGCUCACGGUGGUCGACACUCCCGGCUGGUGGUGCGACUUCAGUGCUCAAGACACAUCUAAGCUGGUGAAGAGAGAGAUCCUCAGCAGCGUCUCUCUGUGCUCACCGGGCCCACAUGUCUUCCUGGUCACGGUCAAGGCCAGCUCGGCCUUCUCGGAGAGGCGUCGACGGGCCGUGGAGGAGCACGUGGCCCUGCUGGGUGAGAAGGUGUGGAGCCACUGCAUCGUGGUGUUCACCUUUGCAGACAGGUUCGAACACUCUGGAGCAGAAAAGUGUUUGGAAAGAGGAGGAAAGGCCCUCCGAUGGCUGAGCGACAAGUGCAGCCAGAGGUGUCACAGUGUUAUCUUGAGUGACGGCGCUGAAGUCAAAGAGCUGCUGGUGAAGAUACAGAAUCUAGUCAUGGAAAACGGAAACAGAGUGUUUGAAAUGCAGGAAAACAUCUUGCAGGCGACUGCAGAGGAGAAGAGGCGGGUGGAGGAGAGGGCUCAGCUCAGGUUUAUCAGGAUGAAACAGCAGAGAUCUCAGAUGAGAGGGAGACUAAGGCCAGUUACUGACAUUCGGAUAGUGUUGCUUGGAGCAAAGGGUUCUGGGAAAACUUCAGCACUGAACACCAUCCUGGGCAGAGAGAGCAUCCAGCAAACCAGCAGAACAGCUCAGUGUGUGGUGGGAAAAGGUGUUGUGUUUGGGAGGCAGGUGACCGUGGUGGACACUCCAGGCUGGUGGAUGAACUACUUCUGCGCCGAGAGUGCCAUCUUCGAUCAGAGGGAGAUGGUGUUGGGUUUGUCUCUGUGCCCUCCUGGACCUCAUGUCUUCUUGCUGGUGAUCCGAGUGGACCGAGCCUUCACUGAAACCUACAGGAGGGCGGCUCAGGAGCAUCUAGAGCUGAUCAGCGAGCACAUCUGGAGCCGCGUCCUCCUGCUGUUCACUUUCGGCGACUGGUUGGGAGAAACAACCACCGAGCAGUACAUAGAAAGUGAAGGAGAACCUUUACGCUGGUUGGUUGAGAGAUGCAACAACAAGUAUCACGUUCUGAACAGUAAAACGAAAGGUGAUGGGUUCCAGGUCAGAGAGCUGAUUGGGAAGCUGGAGGAGAUGACGAUGAGUGGAUGCAGCAGUGGACGGCAUUAUGAAAUAGAGAGGAGAGCGUUGGAACAGCUGGAGGGGAAGAUGAAACAAGAGAAAGACAGAGUCAAAGAAAGGCUGAUGAGAAGGAAGACGCAAAGGCAGAUGGCAAAGUCUCAGCUGGAGAAGCUCAACCCUGUGCCAGAGAUGAGAAUAAUCCUCAUUGGUGGCAGGAAAACAGGCAAAAGCUCCUGUGGAAACACCAUCCUCAACCAAAAGAGCUUUGACACCGACGUCCAAACCACUUCCUGUGCAGAAAAACGAGGCGAAAUUGAAGGCAAGCUGGUGUCAGUGUUGGACACGCCAGGUUGCUUCUCAGUGACCUCUGAUGUCCUGACAGCAUCCUGUGCAAUCCUUCUGGUCAUCAACAUGAGCUCCUCGUUCAAAGACGCCCACAGAGAAGCUCUGGAGGAGCAGCUGGAGGCCGGAGGAGGUCGCCUGUGGAGGAGAACCAUGGUGCUGUUCAGUUACGGGGACUGGCUGGGCGACACGAGCAUCGAGCAGCGAAUCGAGAGCGAAGGCGAGUCGCUGCAGAGACUGGUGGAGAAAUGUGGGAACAGAUAUAAUGUUUUGGAUAAUAAGCACUGGGGAGAUGGAGCUCAGGUGAAGGAGCUGAUGGAGCUGGUGGAGGAGAUGCUGGUUGCAGAAAGGAUGGAUGCUCUCCAGGGAGGUGACCACAUGUACAAAAGCGUUUCUUCAGCACAAAAUGCAAUGACUCUAAGUAAGAAGGAUAUAAAGGAGCUCAUAAAGAGAAGACAUCAGCUGCUCAGUGCCUUGCCUGAAUCAGCCACUUCUACACCAAACUGCACCGCUGCUGCUGCUCAAACUGUGGCUUUACCAGCCCACAGAGCCAGACGACUGACUGGAUUCACCAUCGUGGACAUGUCCUACAUCACCUCAGUGCUCUCUGGUGCAGAAGGACUGAGGUGGCCGACGGGGAAUCUACCUGUCCGGCUCUCUGCUCCUCACCUGAAACUGAACAACUUCAUGCAUCCCAGAAAUCAAACGAUGCUUCUGGUUUCAUCUCAAAAUCACCACAGUACCCUCGCAGAGGAAGAUACCAUCAGUGUACACAGCCUCUGCCAUCCUGUGCUGAAAGAUCGGACUCUCAGGAGGCUUUCUGAGUCCGGAGGCCUGCAGAUGCUCAUCGAUCAGUGGGGCAGCAGCAGCCUGGAGGAGCUGGAGGCCUUCAUCGACUCCUACUUUGAGUUGGUGUGGGAGGAGACCAUGGGGUCGUGUCAGGAUGCCGAACCCGACUGUGAGACUGCAGAGCUGGACGCCGUCAUCAGGGAAGUUGCAGAAGAGGAGAAGGAAAAGGAGGUUCUCUCUUCCAUUGAUAGGAAACUUUCAAAGCUGGAGAUCCUCGAGGAGAUCCGGAGUGAUCUGGUGGAGCUGAAACAGAGUCUGGAGAGCAGCUGGAGAGCCAUUCAGGAGCUUGGAGACAAAAACAAACCAGACCAAGAUGACACAUGUUGAUAAAGAGGAGUCAGUGAUCAAAACUUCAGGCAGAAAGAGAGAAUUAAUCAUUUUUUCACAGCCAUAAUAAUAAAUGGAUGUAAAGAAGAAGAAAAAAGAAAUGGGGCUGCAGUUAAACCAUUUCUCCACAAGAGGGAGCUGUUGUAUAAGAGUAGGUUUUCUAUCGUAUGCUUCUGCUGAUUCCUCCAACUUCUGUUUUUUUCUGAAAAUAUCAGAACUUUUGAAAUAGAUGAAGUAUUAAGGAUGAUUUUGCAACUAAAGCUACAUUUUCUCCAAUAAAACGGUGCUGUAUAUAAACAUUUUUGCACACUGAAUAUGAAAAA